AAUCCCAACGGACACAGUUUGGGAACCUCUGAUUGUGCUCAGCCCUCAUUUCCACAGGGGAAACCUGAGGCCCAGGGAGGAUGUGGGUGUGAUUGUGGUGAACAUGGGGCAGAGGCUGGGAGUGCUCCUGAGCCCUGGGAUGUGUGGCUCUCCACCCCCAGGCUCACUUCCUGGACUGAGGUGCUGCAGGGGGAGCAGGAGGAGCUCCGCACCCAGAAGCAGGAGCUGCAGGCCUCCCUAGAGAAGGAGCAGCAGAAGCUGCGGAUAUGCCAGGCCGAGUACCGUGACCUGAAGGCGGAGCAACUGCCCAAGGAAAUUUUGCUGAACAAGCUGAGCAUCCAGUACGAGUCGCUCACCCGUGCAAAGAAGGACUGGCAAGAGGAGAGAGGUCACCUGAGGAGGGAGAGAGACACCUUGAAAGAGCUGAACCAGAGCAUUCUGAACGCGUGUGACGAGCACUGGACUGAGAGAAGCGACACACUGAAGACUAUGCCUACCGGAAAGGCGGAAGAGGGCAGAACUGGGGAGUCACAGGAGGCUCAGUGUCCUGCUCCUAGGAAGAAAAAGCGCUGGAGCCGAGCCAGAGCCUUCCUCAAGUUCUUCCAACGCCAGAGAGACGGCUCACGAGGACAAGCCAAGUCACCCCCAGACAGCCUUCCUGGGCCCCUGGAGGCCAUGCCAUCGUGCUCAUACUGGGAGGAGGAGGGAGACGCCCGCAGGGGGCCCCCACCAAAAGCAAAGGGGCAACGAAAGAGUGCCUUUUGGAGCAGGAAGAAGCAGGACAAAGUCAAAGACCAGCCUCCAGUGGCCAGCUCCGCUUGGUCUAAGAUUCUCAAAUCGUGCACAUCUGGGCACAUCCCACCCUCUCCUCCCUAAAUAGCCUCUCCCUUUUUUCCCCACCCCGAAGAUUUAUAAUCCUUUCCCUUUAUCCCUGUCUUGAUCAUAUACCCUUUAUUUCUGAAAAUUUAAAAAAAAUGUUUAAAAGAAGAAGAAAAAAAAUAACUCCCACAACAACAACAACAAAGCCCUAAGAAAACCAGUCCACUUGGAAAAAGAAAAAUCCUGAACCUAAUGGAAACCUCAGUCGCCAUGACAACAAGGCCACACCAAAGCAAAGGAGUCACCAUCGCACUGCCUUAGUGGCUUGAUGUGUCCCCUACUUGGACUCUUGCACCGGCUCUAACUCCUGGGCUACCACAGCCUGGUCCUCCCUCCACCCAUCUCCGUGGGCCCAGUUGGAAACCCGAAGUCUGUCUGGCUUGGCUGUGUCUAUCCAUCUCCGCCGCUCUGCUCCUCAUGGUGACGUCACCCAGUGGAUGCCUGAUGUCAAGUGGACCCUCCCAGGUGCCCGAUGACCUGCCAAGGCACCUGCUCAGAAACACCUUCAUCUCCUGACCCGCGGGGGCCAGGCAGGCGCACCUGCCAGGAGCAAAGGGAGGAUGCCUUCCAGUCUGUGCCCGCAGGAGGACUGUCAGCCCCCCGGGGGAAGCUGCUGAAGGCGGGGGGCGGUAUGUGAAGCCCAACUUGAGACCUGCUGAGCCCGAGGCCCAGCCAGUGCGCCCUGAGGCAGUCCCCAGUCCCCGGAGCCUUUCUCUGGGCAGAGCCAGGCCGCCCUCCCCCCUCCCCCCACCUCCCGCACAGCUGCCCGCUGGUGCACGUCCCUGAACAGGGCGGUCAGCCUGGCCUCAGCCCAGCUGCUUGGGACUCACAAGCCACAGGCCGGCAAAUAGGAGUCUCCCUGAAGGCGGGGUUCUGAGGACUCAGGGGGCAGAGAAACAGCCAGCCACACACUCUGCCCCAGCUACUUCACGGCCUGGAUCCCCAGUUCUGACCACUGGACAGGAGGCGCUUCUCACUGGCUCCCC